AUGCCGCAGCAAGCCUGUCCCUUGCAUCUUGAGAAUGGAGGUCCUGUGCCCCAGCAUGAAUAUCCUCCUUUAAACGUGGGUGGAAAAUCCAAUGCAAACAUCAAUCUACUCAGUGCGCAUCCUUGCAAACAGCUGCAUCAACAGAUUAGAAGUGGGAAGACUGGCUGUGUGCAUCACAGCUUUGCAUGCUGUGCAGAGGAAUACACCCAUGACAGCGGGACCCUCUCAGUUCAUGGCAAGUGUUUGCUCCAUCCUAAGGCUGUAUACCACAAGGCUGUAUACACCAAUCUGGUCUCCCCAGGGCUCUUGGGUUCGGUUUCAGAUGCGCCCCUCUGCGCCUGUGCCGGCGCUGUGAGCGCCCUCCCCCCCGCCCCGUGCGCCUGCGCCGGCGCUGGCGCUGUGCCUUUGCGAGGGCGGAACUGCGUUCUCCUCAGCACAGACCCGGAGAGCAUCGCGAGGGCGGAGCUGAGUUCUCCUCUGCACAGACUUCGGAGGUACAGCGAAAGCGGAGCAGUGUUCUCCUUAGCACAGACCCGGGGCGGGCGGGCCGGCGGCACCGCGAGGGCGGAGCUGUGCUCUGCUCAGCACAGACCCUGGGGACACCGCGAAGGCAGAGCAGCGUUCUCCUCAGCACAGACCUUGGGGGCACUGCCUGGCUUUGGGACAACUCGGGGCCGCAUCAAUGGCUUCUCUGGCUUUGCCCACCCAGCUGCUCCGUGCCAGGAGGAGGAGGAGACACCUAGAGCCUGCGACACCAUGGCUCACCUCGCUGCGGGUGGGUGGCAGCAAUGGAGACUGCAGUGCACCGGAGCGGCAUGGGAUCGCUGCUUCAUAUGAGUUUUACACUUGUCACCGAGGCUGGAGUGCAAUGGCGUGAUCUCGGCUCAUUGUGCAAACUCCACCUCCCAGGUUCAAGCGAUUCUCCUGCCUUAGCCUCCUGAGUAGCUGGGAUUACAGGCGCCACCACCACACGCGGCUAAUUUUUUUGUACUUUUAGUAGAGAUGGGAUUUCACUACGUUGACCAGGCUGGUCUCGAACUCCUGACCUCAGGUGAUCCACCCGCCUAGGCCUCCCAAAGUGCUGGGAUUACAGGCGUGAGCCACUGCGCCCAGUCUAUUUCUGAUUUUAAAUUCAUGUUUUUCUUCCUCCAGUUUUUGAUAGCGUUUUAUCUAAUUUGUUUAUACACAUGCUUUAUAUAAUACUUUAGAAAUUUAAGUUAUGAGUUUAUCUUUAAAUAUGACUUUAUUCAUAUUCCAUAAAUUGUACAGGUUUCUUUUACAGAUUUACUGAAGUAUAGCUGAUACACAGUGAACAAUACUAAUCUACUUUGUCAGUAUAGACAAGUUUGCAUUCUUUGGAAACUUAUGUAAAUGAAAUCACAUAGUAUGUAUGCUUUUAUUUCCGGUUUUUCACUAACCACUUUUACUUUGAGAUUCAUCCAUAUUCAUGACAUGUAUCAAUAGUGCAUUUUUUGGAUAUAUUGCUAUUUAUUCAUUUACCUGGAAAUUUGGGUUGUUUCCAGUUUUUAACUCCUAUAAAUAAAGCUGUUAUGACAUUUGUAUGUAAGCCUUUGUGUGGAAAUGUGCUUUCAUUUCUCUUGGGUAAAUACCUAGGAGUAGAAUAGCUAGGAGGGUGUAUGUUGAACGUUUUAAGAAACUACCAAAUUGUUUUCCAAGGUGGCUGUACUAGUUUACAUUCCCAACAGCAGCAUGCCAGUUGCUCCACAUGCUCACCAACAAUUGCGAUGAUGUAAUUUGAGAUGUUCUAUUAGGUAUGUAUUGUUAUCUUAUUAUGGUUUUGGUUUGCAUUUCCUCAAACUAUUC